GUCCUGCACCCCACGCAGUCAGUACUCGUGAGUUGAUAUCAAAAGCAAAGCGUCCGCUGCGCCAGCGACUGCGCUUCUUUUUCGACAAUACUAUUUUCUGCCAUACCGCCGCCAAACUCAGCUCAACUCGCUGUUCGUCUGCACGGCAUUCCCUUCCGUCGCUGGCUCUUGCUUGGCACCAGACCCUGGCGUUGUCACAGCACGCAAUCCGCUUCGAGUAUCUCGACAGCAGCAUAAGCUCACCGCGUCCCAUGAUUGAUGCUCCCCGGGCGCCCGCGCUCAGACGACUCCCGGCGGACGCACAGGACACAUCUUAUCGAACAGGCUCCUGAGAGCGUCUCUGGGGUGCUUCACACUAAGAUGGCGUCAAAUACCACCCAUACUGUGACCGCUGUCACAACCGGCCGCAGUCGUGCGCAACCUGCCACUCGUUCUCCGAAACGACGCGGCAAGUCCUGGCGUUCCCAGUUCCCCGACGACGCAGCAAUGGGUACUUCUGUCGACCCGCACGCCGCCCUGAUGCAAGGCCACGACCACGAGCACGCCUCAGAGCGCUCACGACACCUCCUAGGCGAGAAAGCAGAGGAGACGGAAGAAGUGCAAGCCAGCAAGUCGAAGAAGAUGCAGCAGAUGAUCACGCCGUACCUUGCCGAGCACAUCCCGCACCAAUACAAUCCCACAGGCGGCGCCAAUUCCUCCCCCGGUGACGCCAGCACUGACACCAAGUUCUGCUACCGCCACCGCCCCGAUCUCCUGUGUCGACGACAGGCUGACGAGCCCUCGAUGGAGCAGUUGCAGGAGGAGCUUGGCAGAGAGUCACAGGCGGACCAGCAGAGCAUCGCCAAUGUGUGGUCGCUGUUCUCCGCGGCGCCCGCUCGACACCGCAAUCUGAUGCUCCAGGGCAUCUUGGCUCAGUGCUGCUUCCCCCAGCUGUCGUUCAUCGCCUCGUCCGUCCGCAACCUGAUCAAGAUCGACUUCAUCGGCGCAUUGCCCCACGAGCUGGGCUUCAAGAUCCUAUCCUACCUCGACACAACCUCACUGUGCAAAGCAGCCCAAGUGAAUCGGAAAUGGCGACAGCUCGCCGACGACGACGUGGUCUGGCACAAGAUGUGCGAGCAGCACAUUGACAGGAAGUGCACCAAGUGCGGCUGGGGUCUGCCGCUGCUCGAUCGAGCACGUCUGCGACACGAGAAGAGGAGGAUCCAGCUGCGAGCUUCAGGCCGGGGAAUCAACGAGUGGUCACCCAAGAUCACUCCAGUACCCGAAAACGAAGCCUUCCCCACGACACUGGUGCAUCGUCACUCCGAUCACUCCGAUUACUCCUCCUCCUCCGAGACCACCACAGGCACCAAGCGCUCCGCUCCAGAGGAUUCGUUGUCGCCGGAGAUGACAGCAAAGCGCUCAUGUACCGAAGCCACACACGGUGAAGCUCGUGAUCAGUUAGCAUCAUACUUUGAUCAGCCCAAGAAGCGUCCGUGGAAGGAUGUCUACAAGGACCGCUUCAAGGUUGGCACCAACUGGAAGUACGGCCGCUGCUCCGUCAACAUCCUGAAAGGACACACCAAUGGCAUCAUGUCACUGCAGUUUGAUGACCAGACCCUCAUCACUGGAUCCUACGAUGCCACCGUCAAGGUGUGGGAUAUCAAUACUGGAGAGGAAAUCCGGACUCUUACAGGACAUACUGCCGGCAUUCGCUGCUUGCAGUUUGAUGACUCAAAGCUCAUCACUGGGAGUCUGGACCGCACCAUCAAGGUAUGGAACUGGAGGACUGGCAAAUUGAUCAGAACACUGAACGGCCACUCCGAUGGCGUCAUUGGUCUGCACUUGGCGGACAAGCUGCUCGCGUCAGGAUCGUCAGACCACACCAUCAUGGUGCACGACUUCAACAACUUCCAACGCGUCACGUUACGAGGACACACAGACUGGGUCAACUCGGUCAAGAUUGACCUCGCGUCGCGCACGCUGUUCUCGGCAUCUGACGACAUGACGGUCAAGUUGUGGGAUCUCGAUACUCACAAGGUCAUCAAGACAUACGAGGGCCACGUGGGUCAGGUGCAGCAGGUGUUGCCCAUGCCACACGACUUUGAAAUCGACCAAGAUGAUUUCAAUGCGGCCGCCAAUGCUGAUGUCUCGGAUACUGCGUCGCAGCCGCCGUCGGACAACGAGGGAGCUGCACAACCGCUCUCUGCCAUACAAGAAGAGACGGUUUUUCCCGGCGAUCCGUCACGACCCAAGCCACCGGCAUACAUGCUCACUGGCUCUCUCGAUGGCACGAUUCGCCUGUGGCAUGUUCCUUCGGGCCGAUGUGUCCACCGCUUCUUCGGCCACGUGGAGGGCAUCUGGUCAUUAGCUGCUGACUCUCUGCGCGUCGUCAGUGGUGCAGAAGACAAGACCAUUAAGAUAUGGGACCCCCGUAGUGGCAAGCACGAGCGCACCCUGGCCGGCCACACGGGCCCAGUGACCUGCAUCGGACUCAGCGACGAGCGAGUCGUCAGCGGUGGUGAGGACGGCACCGUGCGCGUUCACUGUUUUACCAGCGUGUAGCGAUGUGCAUUGUCAAUGGCGAUUUCCCCGGGCUCACACCAAUUCAGACUUAGCAAGGCGUUACGGAGUGGACUUUGUUGUCUAACGGCUGCCCCAAAAGGUCACAAACUGUAGCUCUCCAUUUGCUCUAUGUACAUGUAGUUUCCCUGGCUUCAUCUGCUUUUUAGCUAGCUAGAUACCCUCCCGCAAUCGAUCUGUUUUUCUCGAAGCCCCCCUCAUCCCUUUGUCGACCGUCUUUUGCGUAUGCUUUGCCAACCCCCAUGCAGGACCCCUAC